GGUGGUGGACGGCGACGUGGUGCCGGACGACCCCGAGAUCCUGAUGCAACAGGGCGAGUUCCUCAACUACGACAUCCUCAUCGGCGUCAACCAGGGCGAGGGGCUGAAGUUCGUGGAGGACUCGCUGGAGAGCGAGGACGGCAUCUCCGCCUCCUACUUCGACUUCACCGUCUCCAACUUCGUGGACAACCUCUACGGGUACCCCGAGGGGAAGGACAUCCUCCGCGAGACCAUCAAGUUCAUGUACACGGACUGGGCCGACCGGGACAACGGGGAGAUGAGGCGGAAGACGCUGCUGGCCCUCUUCACCGACCACCAGUGGGUGGCCCCGGCGGUGGCCACGGCCAAGCUCCACGCCGAGUACCAGUCGCCCGUCUACUUCUACACCUUCUACCACCACUGCCAGACGGACGCGCGGCCCGAGUGGGCGGACGCGGCCCACGGGGACGAGAUCCCCUACGUCUUCGGGGUGCCCAUGGUGGGCGCCACCGACCUCUUCCCCUGCAACUUCUCCAAGAAC